GUGGGGUUUGGCUGGCACCAAGGGGUCAACUUGGCCAUUCCUGGAUCGUUGUUGAAAAUGGCGGAAGAGAAGAAGGCGCUGAAGAAGAAGUCGAAGGAGUCGCAUGAACUCAUUGCGCCCCAGGCCACGACGCCUGUCUUGGACACGUCCAAGUGGCCGCUCUUGCUCAAGAACUACUCGAGCUUGAACAUCCGCACUGGCCACUACACGCCCAUCCCGAGUGGCUCGACGCCGUUGAAGCGCAACUUGAACGACUACGUGCGGUACGGCGUGAUCAACUUGGAUAAGCCGGCGAACCCAUCUUCCCACGAAGUGGUCGCGUGGAUUCGCCGCAUCCUCCGCGUCGAGAAAACGGGCCACAGCGGCACGCUCGAUCCUAAGGUCACGGGCUGCUUGAUUGUGUGUGUCGACCGCGCGACGCGCCUGGUCAAGUCGCAGCAAGGGGCCGGGAAGGAGUACGUGGCGAUCGUUCGCCUCCACAGUGCCAUUGAAAGCCAAGCUUCGUUGGCUCGCGCCAUCGAAACCUUGACCGGUGCGUUGUUCCAGCGCCCGCCCCUCAUUUCGGCCGUCAAGCGCCAACUCCGCAUCCGUACGAUCUACUCGUCCAAGCUGAUCGAGUACGACGAGGAUCGCCACCUCGGCGUGUUCCAUGUGAGCUGCGAAGCUGGCACGUACAUUCGAACCCUGUGUGUGCAUUUGGGUCUGGUCCUCGGCGUCGGCGGUCAUAUGCAGGAACUCCGCCGCGUGCGCUCUGGUGUCCUUGGUGAAUCCGACACGAUGGUCACGAUGCACGACGUGCUGGAUGCGCAGUACGCGUACGACACGUACAAGGACGAGAGCUACUUGCGCCGCAUCGUGCGACCGUUGGAAGUGCUUCUUACCACGUACAAGCGCAUUGUCGUCAAGGACAGCGCGGUCAACGCAGUGUGCUACGGCGCCAAGUUCAUGGUGCCCGGUUUGCUCCGAUUUGCCGACGACAUUGACAUCAACGAAGAAGUCGUGCUCAUGACGACCAAGGGUGAAGCGAUUGCGAUCGGGAUUGCGCAAAUGACGACGGCCGUCAUGGCGACCUGCGAUCACGGCGUCGUCGCCAAGAUCAAGCGCGUCAUCAUGGAGCGAGACACGUAUCCCCGCCGGUGGGGUUUGGGACCCAUGGCCCAAAAGGUAAAGGGUCUUGUCAAGGACGGCAAGAUCGGCAAGUUCGGCAAGGUUAACGCGAACACCCCCGAAGACGUGUCCAAGGUGUACAAGGAGACCAAGGAGCCGUUGGUUACCGAGGUCAAGCCCGACGUCUCGGACGAUAACGAUGUUGACGGCAAGAAAGAAAAGAAGGAGAAGAAGAAGAAGGCGAAGCGCGACGUGGAAGACGCCGACGCUGCUGCCGCGGACGCCGACGAACCCGAGAAGAAAAAGUCGAAGAAGAAGAAGAAGAAGGCGGAUGGCAACGACAGUGACUAGAAUGUCGUCGAUCCACGGCUAGGACUAAAUGUGAUAUAUAUAACAACCGAUAGCAUCGACAACGCAAUCUGCGUCGCCAUUGCCAUUCGAUUCGCGCCAACUUGC